AUGGGCGUGCAAGCGGAGGGGACCUGGCAGGCGUUGUCACGGUCAACGGCGGCCUGCGCCGACCUCCACCCGCGGCAGUUGUACAAUGCCAGCGGUAGGACGGAGUACACGAGAGUCAGACUGAAUGUGUACACUCUGAUAGUUGAUAUCACCGACACUAGAUUUACAAACCAAAUCGGACCCAACAAAAUCAAUUAUGCCACAGCUGGAGAUAACUUUGCGAUCUCACCACGAUGCAUUCCUAUGGGAAUAUUCAAGGUGGACCUGACUGGUACCCCGUUUAUUGUCUCCGAGACUGUCCAGUGGACAUGGAGCGGGAAGUUUCCGUCCAGUUCUCCACAGACUGGCUCAGCAUUGAUCUCUAACACGUCUUACGUCGGCUGUUUUUUGGACACAAAUGAUCGCCUUUUACCCAGUGCACACAUCACCGGAACUUAUGUAAAUGUGGAAUACUGUAUCAAGUUCUGUAACAGCAGGGGAUUCCCCUUCGCCGGACUCCAGAAUUCUAGUGACUGUUUCUGUGGUGACAGCCAUGACCGAAAUCCGAGAGCGAAGUCCGAGAGUGAGUGCAACCUUCCUUGUACAGCCAAUAGGAAUGAGAUGUGCGGGGGGAUAGGACGGAUGUCUGUGUACGAUACAGGUGUGUCCCAGGCCAUUGCAGGCAGGUGUGGAGGAUACCCAGGCAGGUGUUUUCCGGCGCUGAAGACCUCCCCCAGUGUACCCAGUUUACAACUCGUCCUGAUUCGCACACAACCAUGUCUUCAACCGUAA